AUGAAUGAAUAUCAAGCUAUAUCAGAGGAAGAAGAUGAAGACAAUGCUCAUCAAGCUAUAUUAAAACAAGAAAAUAAAAACAACAAUCCUGAUAAUAAAAUGCUUAAUAAUGAAGCAAUUAAUAUCUAA